CUACGUUCGGGUAUGUCCCCUUCUCGCUUCGUUAGCCAGAGCUAUUUGGUUAGCUAGAUAUUUUGUUAGCUAUAUAUAUAUAUAUAUUGGAUACCUUGUACGGGAUAUAUGGACGUGAUGGGAUUGAUAUAACAGGCAAAAAAACCUAAGCUAGCAUCAACAUCUUUUUUAAAAGUGCAACUAUGUUCGGUCGGUCACGGAGUUGGGGAGGAGGACAGGGGAAAACAAAAAAUAUUCAUUCCCUGGACCAUCUCAAGUAUAUGUACCAUGUCCUGACUAAGAACACCACGGUAACCGACAGCAACAGGAACUUGCUGGUGGAGACCAUUCGCUCCAUCACUGAGAUACUCAUCUGGGGAGACCAGAACGACAGCUCCGUCUUUGACUUCUUCCUGGAGAAGAAUAUGUUUGCGUUCUUCCUGAAUAUCCUUCGCCAGAAGUCCGGUCGCUACGUCUGUGUCCAGCUACUUCAGACGCUCAACAUCCUGUUUGAAAAUAUCAGCCACGAGACGUCGCUCUAUUACCUGCUGUCCAACAACCACGUCAACUCCAUCAUCGUUCACAAGUUUGACUUCUCAGACGAGGAGAUCAUGGCUUAUUAUAUCUCCUUCCUGAAGACCCUGUCACUCAAACUGAACAACCACACUGUCCACUUCUUCUAUAACGAGCACACUAAUGAUUUUGCCCUGUACACCGAGGCCAUUAAGUUCUUCAACCACCCGGAGAGCAUGGUCCGUAUCGCAGUCAGAACCAUCACACUGAACGUCUACAAGGUCAGCUUGGACAACCAGCACAUGCUGCACUACAUUCGAGACAAGACGGCGGUCCCUUACUUCAGUAACCUGGUCUGGUUCAUCGGCUCCCACGUCAUAGAGCUGGACAAGUGUGUUCAGACAGACCAAGAGCAUCGUAACCGGGGGAAGCUGAGUGACUUGGUAGCAGAGCAUCUCGACCAUCUCCACUACCUGAACGAUAUCCUGACGAUCAACUGCGAGUUCCUGAACGAUGUCCUGACAGACCACCUGCUCAACCGUCUUUUCCUGCCUCUCUACGUCUUCUCUCUGGUCUGCCCUGAGCAGUCUGAAGAUCGUAAGAUCAACCCUCAGGUGUCCCUUAACCUACUGUCACAGGUGUUUCUCAUCAUCCACUACCAGCCGCUGGUCAACUCUCUGGCUGAAGUCAUCUUCAACGGAGACCUGUCUGUCUUCACACAGCACAAAAACACAGUCAGCGCAGGCGUCCGUCGCUUCACCAAGCCUCCUGAGUCUCGGCGGUCUCUGGAGCUGUCCUGCAAUCGGGGCCGCAAGCGAGCUCAGAAACGCCCCAACUAUAAGAACCUGGGAGAGGAGGAGGAGGAGGAAGAGAGGAGAGGCCGGGGAGGAGAGGAGGGCUUGGAGGACAGCGAGAGAGCGAGGAGAGAGGCUAAAGGUACAGAAGGGAGCAGUAAGGGAAGCAGCAGGACAAGUGGGGAGAUGGAAGAGAUAGAGAUGGUGGUGAUGGACAAGGGGAAAGAGACGUUGUCGUCGACGACGGAACAGAAUAUCACCGACGAGGAGAAGACUGCUGCCGCUGCUCGCACACAGAGGAGGAGACCGUUCCUAGACAUGGUGUACAGUGCUCUAGAUUGUAGUGAAGACGAUUACCAUGCUCUGUUUGUGCUCUGUCUUCUCUACGCCGUGUCACACAGCAAAGGUAUCAACCGUGAGUUGUUGGAGAGGCUGCAGCUACCAGUCCCAGACCAGGAGAGGAGCUGCUACAGCCAGGUGUUGGUGGAGAGACUCAUACGAGUGAUGAACGUGGCCGCACAACCAGAUGGUAAGGUACGUCUGGCUACUCUGGAGCUGAGCUGUCUGCUGUUGAAACGGUCCGUCCUCUCCUCCUCCUCCUCCUCUUCCUCCUCUCCUGCUCACUGCAUCAUCAAGGACGUACACCUGGCCUGUCUCGAGGGAGCCAGAGAAGAGAGUCUGCAUCUCCUACGGCGUUUCUAUAAGGGGGAGGAGAUCUUCCUGGACAUGUUUGAAGAUGAGUACAGGAGCAUGACGAGUAAGCCCCUGAACGUGGAGUACCUGAUGAUGGACGCGUCCGUUCUACUUCCCCCUACUGGUACUCCUCUGACUGGAAUAGACUUCGUUAAGAGACUGCCCUGUGGAGGAGUAGAGAAGACCAGACGG